UAAAAACUCAAAACUUAAGCAAAAACUUUCCCUGUAUCUUUUUCAGCGGCAACUCUGCCGAAUCAAAAGAUCCAAAACAGCGCACAACAUAACGAAGUAAAAAGCAAAACAAAAACGAAAAGUUGAAUAGAGAAGUAUAAAGCGAAAAAGGUAAGCAAGCAGGCAACGUUAAUAACAUCGCUGAAGUUGGCUUCUGAAAUUAUUCCAAAGAGGCGGAGGAGCAGACGGAAUGAAUCACUUGUACGAAGCGAAUGUGUUGGGUAGCCCAUAGCAUCGUCAUCGUCAUCGUAUUCUUCUUCGCUAUUAAAUCGUUAGUUAAUAUUUGUGAGUAUCGGUGGACGCUAGUGUAUUGCGGAGUAACGUGGCGUAUAAUAAGUGAAAAAUAAAGAAAUAUCUUUUCACCAGCUUCUUUAGCUUAGCUUAAUAGUGUAAAAUGUGAUUUGCUAACUUUAAUAUAUUUUGCAAAAUAAUUAAGUGAGUUUUAACCCAAAUAGUUGUGGAUGAAAAAAUCUGUGAAAAAUGCCUAUGAUUCAAGUACCUGAAGAAGGGGUGGAAGAAGAGAAUCAAAAUAUGAAAAAAGAAAGGAAAAUCAUUUUUAAACAUAUGAUAAUAGUUCUGUGCUAGUAAUUAUCAGAAAAUAAAUGAUUAGACUAUAUAUAUUUGCGUUGCAGUUCAAUCACUGCGUAUGCUGUUAUCAGAAUUCAUAACAAGUUAUUUGUGAUAACUCAUAAUUAUGUAAAUUAAUGUACUUUUCAUUGUGUUAAUUUUUUUUACAUUACCCAAAUACCGUCCUUUCUUAACAAACCAGUGUGCCUUUAUUAUAAACAUUUGCUCAUCGUUACACAAGUUUUUUUUUUUUUGCACACUCACCCGCUAAAUCUUCGUGAAAAAAUUUACAUUGUAAUUUUCCUAAAAUUUUCGCGCAAAAUACAUACCUAAGUCAUCUUAAAGUACACAAAGGAGCAGGAACUUGUUUUGCUCUCCGAAUCUCCAACAAUCAACACCUCAAAGAUGUCGUCGGUAAAGGUUGCUGUCCGGGUUCGCCCCUUCAAUAAGCGUGAAAUCAAUAUGAAUGCCGAGCUUAUUGUUGAAAUGGAUGAUAAAAAAACACGUCUUCUAAAACCAAAAGCACAAAGUACGCGUGAUGGAGGACGCGAGGGUAAUCAUGACUUUACAUUCGACUACUCUUACUGGUCAUUUGAUGAAGCAACCAAUCACUUUGCAACACAAGAAGAGGUGUACAACGAUCUCGGUACAGAUGUCGUCAACUGCGCCUUUGAAGGAUAUAAUGCAUGCGUAUUCGCCUACGGCCAAACUGGUUCGGGCAAAACGUUCACCAUGAUGGGUACGCCAGAUAAUCCAGGAUUAAUACCACGUAUUUGCCAAGAGUUGUUCGCGCGCAUGCGUGUCGGUCAAGACUCGGGUACGGUCUAUAAAACCUUAGCGAGUUAUUUGGAAAUUUACAAUGAACGUGUUAAAGACUUAUUGGGAUCGCCGAACGCGGGUCAUAAACUGCGCGUACGUGAACAUUUUACGGAUGGACCGUACGUCGUAGAUCUAUCUGAACGCGCAGUUUCCAACUUUGACGAAAUACAUGAAUGCAUUAUGCGCGGAAAUAGUCAACGGACGACUGCGAGCACCAAUAUGAAUGAUACCAGCAGUCGUAGCCACGCUAUUUUUACGAUAACUUUCAUCCAGGCGGUGUUCAUGAAUGACAAACCAAGUGAAACGGUUUCCAAAAUACAUUUGGUUGACUUGGCAGGAAGUGAACGUGCCGACGCUACUGGCGCCACUGAUGAACGUCUCAAAGAGGGCGCUCAUAUAAAUAAAUCUCUAGUGACACUGGGCAGCGUAAUAUCUGCUUUGGCAGAGCAGUCGGACAGUUCGAAGAAAAAAAAGAAAUCAUGCAAUCACAUUCCGUAUCGCAAUUCCAUACUCACUUGGCUGUUGAGAGACAGUUUAGGCGGCAAUAGCAAGACCAUUAUGAUCGCUGCACUUUCACCGGCUGAUUGUAAUUUCAAUGAAACGUUAAGCACAUUACGUUAUGCUAAUCGAGCUAAGAACAUCAUCAAUAAGCCCACAAUCAAUGAAGAUGCAAAUGUCAAGCUCAUACGUGAAUUACGUGACGAGAUUACAAAACUCAAAUCCAUGCUGGACGGUGAUAUUGCAACUUUGCAACCAUCGCUCAAGGUCUUGGAAGACUUGCAAAAGAAGGAAGCUCAAGAAAAAGUUUUAACCGAAGAAUGGACUGAAAAAUGGAAGGAAGCUCAAUCGAUUUUGAAGGAACAAAAAAGUUUAGGCCUCCGUAAGUCUGGUCUCGGUGUCGUUUUAGACUCAGAAAUGCCACAUCUUAUUGGAAUACAUAAUGAUGUCACCACUGGUGUAACCUUAUACAGUUUAAAGGAUGGUGAGACACUUAUCGGUACUGAACACUCAGAGACGCCGCAAGAUAUUGAACUUGUUGGUGAUGGUAUAUGCCCUCAACAUUGUAGAAUAGUCUUAGAAGGCGGCUUGGUUACUUUACAUCCCCAUCCCGGUGCACAAUGCUGGCUUAAUGCCCAUCUCAUCGACGAGCCAACACGUAUAUCGCAAGGAGACAUCAUUCUACUGGGCCGCACUAAUAUCUUUCGUUUCAAUAAUCCCGCGGAAGCUGCAAGAUUACGAAAAGAUCUUAGUCGCUCACAGCUGGAUAUGUCUCGUUUAUCAUUAAUUACUUCAUCUCGUGAAAAUUUGCUUAGUUCAAGUUUUUACUCAGAAGAGGAUUCGAUGUGUGGUAGCACAAAUGCAUCACCAUUCAAACGACCGGAACAUCAGUACUAUCCUACCAAACCAUUAUCGCGCGAUGAUCCAGAACUACAAGAAGAAAAUCGAAGAAUUCUGGAGACAAUUGAAAAUGCUUUAAAGCAGUUGAAUAUUGAACGUGUGCAGAUGCAUGAUCAAUACGAAUCUAAAGUGCGAAAAUUGGCAGAUGAGCUUAAACGUCUAGAUAUUGAACAAAUGGAUAAAUUGGAGAUUUUACAUUGCCAAGAAAAGGAGCUCCUUGCUAGAAAGGAUAUGCUACUUUGGGAGAAAAAUAAUGAGAAAGUGCAGAUUUUAUGGCACUACAUGGCCAUGUUACGAUCGAGCGAGACACGAGGUGUAAGGAUUGGAGGGAUCGAUAAGAAAGGUGUAGCGAAACGCAAUGACAAAAACGUUUUUACAAAGAAAAAGAAACAGACAAAAAUAGGUAGACACUCACUAUUUAAGACGAUGACGUACAAGCGAGUUAUUCGAAAAUUUCAAUUAAAGAGAAAGAUUGAUAUUGUGUGUAGACAAAUUUCAACAUUUCAAACUCAGCUUGAUUCAAAGAAGCGACAUUUUUCCGAAUAUGUAGCUAAAGAAUUGCAAGAGCUGCAAGACUGUGGCAAAUUAGAUGAGAUUGGCUUAACGAUUGCUGCGGGAGUGCCGUUAUCAGAUCAAUUAUUACUACAAGUGGCGGAUUCUUUAGAUUCGUUUGCUUCACAGUUCAUCAAAGACACUAUUAAAAAAAAUAAUGACGAAAUAAGAAAAUUGGACGAAAAAAUCAUGGAAAAGGAGUGCAUAUUGAAUGAAAGUACAAAGAAAAUUGCCGAAGUAGAUGAGCAAAUAUUGCAGAUUCAAGAACAACUGUCGAAGCUGCAAGACGAACAACAGGAAAUUGAAUUAAGGAAAAAGUUAGAAUUGAAUUUAGAUUUAACGAAAACUACUUCCGCAAACACAGCAGACGACUCCACUGAAGGAUGCUAUACAUAUCAUACAGCUCAAUCGAAUAUUUCACUUAAUUCGCCUACAAUUGUCGGUGAGCAAAUGUCGCCAAUGAGCACGCUUUCAGCGACUUCGGCUGAUUUUGACGAUACAAGCACCACAGAGAGAGGUAUCUCCUCUAGUGCUUCAGUCAUUAGCAAUCCAACAGAGGCAAGUGAGAUAGGCAACAACAACAAUUUACAACCGACAACUUCACAAACUAUAAUGUGUGAUAGUGGUGUAUAUGUAGAACCAGUCAGAACACCACAGCAACAACAGUAUUGCAAUGGAUUUGCCAACAACAAAGUCAAGGACAAUAACAAUAGAUUUGACGAAAUGCCUAUCUUAAAUGAGAGUGCAAAUAUAACAUUAAAUGGUGCUAAUGUGCGCACAUCAGACGAUGAUAGCACAUCAUGCUCUUCAUGUGAAGUGGGACGUAACUGCGACAUACCUAGACCAUACUGUUCCAUGCAUGCGCUUAGGCGUCAAAUUUCCAACCAAAAAGCCUUAAUUAUGAGAAACCUCGAAAUGCAUGCGUCAAAAUCAAUAUUAGAUGAACAGAUCGGAGAUUUGCAAGAGUUACAACAUAGACUUAUAGCUAUGAAAAAAGAGUUGAUUCAAUCCUCAGACCACCAUAUAGUGGAGAUAGAUGAAUAUGGUACCUCCUUUCAGGCGGAUAAUGAACAAUUAAUUAGGAAUGAUUGUAUAGGGGAGUCCAGCUACGUGACUAGCAUGACACGUUCUUGCCCCUCAAUGGCCGACUUUCCUGAUGCGGAGCAUUUCAUUACAAUACCGAGCUUCGUGAUACGCGGUGCUGGUAAACAAACACAUUAUGAGUAUGAAGUGCGCAUCACGCUCCCUGAUGGCAAGUUGAACAUACUUCGACGCUACAGUCGUUUUAGGGAAUUACACCUGAGUAUGAAGCAUUGCUAUGGAGCAAAAAUCGGCGCUCUACCCUUCCCACGCCGUGAGAUCUUCUCAUCCAACAGCGAAUCGGUGGCUAAACAUCGACGAAGACUACUUGAACUUUAUUUACGACGUUUGUUUGUAGUCUGUACGAAAAUACCACAAUGCCCUAUUUACGAGGGACCCGGCGGGCCGGGCCUUACCCGUGCUACUUUGUCUCAACUGUCUCCUUUUUUCAAGAAAGGUUUGUUCGAGAGCGGCAAGCACGGGACGGGAUAAUAGUUACUCUACUGCUAAAUUAUAUUCUGCCUAUAAUAUGCCUUUUAACUUAUGUUUACUAUAUAUUAAGUUAUGUUUACUA